GCUCAAGUUCAACUUGACUAAAACCAUCGAUGGCUUCAAGUAAUCUCGUUCAACCUAUAACAGCACAUUCCAUCCAAUAUCAAUCAAACUUGGAACAACAAGAAUCCAAUCAAUCAAAUCAAAAUACUCAGAUAUCAAAUCAUGUCAUUGAGGAUCCUGAACUAAGACAAAGAUUAGAAACAGCUAAAAAGGAAUUGACUCAAACCCUUUUGAAGAAACGAAAGUUGGACAAAGAACUUGCUUCAUUAGAAGCAACACUUUACGCUGAUGAGACGGCUUAUCUGACUCAUCCAACGGCGAACUCAUUCGGUAAUAUCGUUAAAGGAUACGAAGCUUACGUUAAAGCUCCGCCGUCUGUCACAAUAGGCGCUAAUGGAAUAUCAUCAGUCGAUCAUCAUUCAACUCGACGUAAAAGAACUACAACUGCUGCUUUUGGAACUUCAUCCUUACUCAACCCACACACUGAAGUCGUAGGAGAUGCUGAACGGGUGUUUUCAAAGAGUAGUGGAUCAUACCUAAGGGCUCUUGAAUCACGUAAUCGGGAUCAGGAAUCAGCUAUCACCUCUGAGCAAGAAUCAGUAGCACAUUCUUUAAUCCAAUCUCAUAUUUCACUUCCACCUUCUGCAAAUACUGAAUCAAGGAAGAAGACGAAAACUUAGUUCUGCUGGAUGAAUAUCGUUUCGAACAGCUCCACUUCAAGCUCUAAUCUGAGAUGCCAUCAUAUCCUCAACUAUCAGAUC